GUCUUUUUUACUCGUUUUUAGUAUUUCUUUCUUUUCUCUUUUUCUUUUCAACACGUGAUAUGUAUAUCCAUUUUACUUGCAAAAAAUGUGACACAGAGUACAAAGAACAAAACGCUUCUAAAAGAGUGCACGUAACAUUGCACUUGCACCACCUGCACGUCAAAACUUAUCCUGUCAGCUGACUAAAUGAUAAUAUAUUUAUUCUGAAAUAUUUCUGUUUAUAUUUUGUUGCAUUGAAUCAUAUAUAAAUUGUAUUGAUUGAAAAUUGAUGAUUUAAAAUCACCGGAAGUUAUUUCUUGUUUCACAAGGUUAGUGGAGUUACGUCAAAACGCAGAAGCAAUCUUUUCGACAGAAUGAAUUUCAGAAGGAUUGCUAAUAUCAAUGUUUUCCGCAAAAUUCGACAGCUUGAAACAUUGAUCAAGCCUGGUGGUUUACUUGUACGAAACUGUAAUCCAACGCAGUUUCCUAAAUCCACUUCAAGUCUUGCAAAUCUGAAUCGUUCUGUGAUUCCUAAUGCAAGCAAUCCAAAACGCAAUAUUCUGUCCAAGCUGUCUGUACAAUCAACAGUCAGCAUGAUCCAAACUCGUAUGGCCAGCGUUCAUGGCGAUCAUGUGCGUAUGUGGGUGAUAGAGAGAAUAGUGUCUGCAUCCUUUCUGAUAAUAAUACCUGCUGCCAUAAUCUUAGAAAAUAAAUUUAUUGAUGUAGUACAGGCAAUUGCUGUUGUUAUACACACACAUUGGGGAUUGGAAGCUAUCAUUCUUGAUUACGCACGACCCAUUGUGGUGGGUACAUUGGUUCCAAAAUUGGCGUUUCUUAUGCUGAAUAUACUCUCUGCCGCUACUCUCGCCGGUCUAUUUGUGAUGAUUUAUAAUGGCCCUGGCAUUACAAAAACUAUUAAAAAUGGCUGGGCAAUAGGCAAAGAUAAAUAGAAAUCUGGUUAAUAUUACAGCAGAAAUAAUUUCAUUACAUAUAUAAAUAACUUGUUAAGAUAGUAGCUCAUAAAUUAUUGUGGAAUAAAUUAUUUACUAAUUUAA